GGCCCGGACCGCCAGCCCGUGCUCCCCCGCCCGCCGCGCUCCAGGGCGGAGUUUCCUCCUCUGCUUAUUGUUCGCGGCCCAGCGCCCGCCCAGCCGCCGCCCCGCCCGACCCCGCCGCCGCUGUGGGCGAGCUCCUGGGGGAGGGGGCGGAGGCCAGCGCGGACGGGACGGGGCGGGAGUCGUCGCAGCAGCGCGCGCUGGGCCGCAGCCGCUCAGACACCGCCCGGGCCGCAACCACCUUCGCUCCUCGCUGUUGGCUCCGCGCCCUAGCCCAGUUCUGCGGCAGGCAGGAGGGGCCGCCGGAACGCGACUCCGGAGUUGGCGGCUGUCGCCAGGCCUCCCCCGAGCGGCGCCGACAAGCGACCCUGCGCCAGAGCCGCAGCCACCUGCUCCGAGUCCGCGGGCGAGGCUAACCAUGGGCCCCGCUCUGGCGCUCUCCCCGCUGCUGCUGCUGUUGCUGCUGCCGCCGCCGUCGCUCUCCGACGAUGGUGCGGAGUCCAGCAAGUCCCCUGCAGACAGUACUACAGUCACUGCUGCAACUCUGAGCAGCCAAGUCUCUCCGACAGCACCGACUAGCGCGGCAUUGACAACAUCCGUAACUGGUGGCCCAGGGACAACCGCACGUUCUUCAGCCCAGACAGCCAUUGCUACGUCAGCCAAAGAAGUACCGGUCACAUACUCAUUUCCAACUACUAAUACGAUGCAACAUAUUACUGCACUGUCCCCAGACCCCACUGACAAUCAGCCUGGUGGCAUCGGUACUACCACGACAGCGACCUCCAGCGGCCCCCAGAAGAACAAGACCGGCACAGUAGCACCUCCCAGGAGCAGCGGCCCCCCUAGUAGCAGUGGACCACCAGGCUCCUCUGGAGGCAGGAGCAGUGAUGUUACCACAGCCUCAUCAGCCCCUCAGGAGAGUGACCAGCUGACCACGACAGCCUCCCUGCCUCCCGCCCCCUUAACUACCUCAGAGCUUCCUCCUGCCUCCACAGCAGCCCGCACGGCCAGCCCCAGGCAGCCGAUGGCCACUCCUUCACACAUCACAGACAGCCAUUCUGCCAGUGUUCCCAGCAGUCCCGGCCCCGUGUCCAGCUCUGACUUCUCGGCCUCCCCAGGGAGGCCUACCACACACACACCGCUGGACCCCUCCAAAGAGACUCCUCCACCCAUCACCAGCCAGAGGCCAGGCAUCUCUACAUUGCCUGUAUCCACACCACUACAGCCUACAGGGUCUCCGGGGGGAACUGCGAUCGUGCCUACCACUGAGCAAGUCACACGUUCCAGCUCUAAUCUGACUCCAACGGCCCCUCAAGGCCCCAGCACACCCUCUGCUACCUGGACUUUCGGGAAUUACAAGCUGAAGUGUGACUCCGCCAUAAGGCCAGAUGAAAAACUACUCAUUCUGAAUCUCACAGGAGCCAGCCUUUGUGAGGGGGGCCCUCCGGAUGAAAAGCUGGUGGAACUGCUGUGCCGCUCAGUCAAGGCCUCCUUCAAGCCAGCUCAAGACCAGUGCACCCUUCAGGUGGCACCUCUUCUGAACAGACAGGGCGUGGCAGUGAAAAAAGUCAUCAUUGAGACUAAGCUUUCUCCUAAAGACGUGUUUGAGCUACUGAAGGACAAAUGGGAUGACCUGAGAGAGGCGGGAGUUGGUGACAUGAUGCUGGGGAAGGAAGGCCCACCAGAAGUCAAUGAGGACCGCUUCAGUCUGCCGCUCAUUAUCACCAUUGUCUGCAUGGCAUCCUUCCUGCUCCUCGUCGCUGCUCUCUAUGGCUGCUGUCACCAGCGCAUCUCCCAGAGGAAGGACCAGCAACGACUCACAGAGGAGCUGCAGACCGUAGAGAAUGGUUACCAUGACAACCCAACCUUGGAAGUGAUGGAGACCCCUUCAGAGAUGCAGGAGAAGAAGGUGGUUAACCUUAAUGGGGAACUGGGGGACAGCUGGAUCGUGCCUCUGGACAACCUGACCAAGGAUGACCUAGAGGAGGAGGAAGACACACAUCUCUGAUGAGUCUGCUGCCUGCCCGACAGCACUGCUGAGCUCCAAACCACCCGAAGUGCCAUUUGGACGGGGGAAGCUUCCCACGGGAAGAGGGGAAGACUGGGGAGGGAGCGUGGACUCUCAGGGUUGCCUCCUCCCCAUCCCCCUAGGGCCUUAAUUUUCCCUUUUCAAAAGUCACAUUCUGCCCAGUUUCCUCAUGUAAAAUAACCCACUUGUGCCUGGGCCCAGAGCUGCCGGAAGGCAAGAGGAAGAUGGAGAAAAGCCAUGUAAGGGCUGUGGAUGACAGAGACCUGAAGAGGUUAGGUGACUUGCACAGGGUCACACAGCCAUUUAGUGUCCAAGAUGGUUUCUCUCAGUCUGGUGCUUAACUGCACCAGGCCAUACCACUGUGUUCCUUGGUGCCCCUCCCCAAGGCUGAUCUGGGCAGCAGGGAUACUCGCAGGUGGGCAGGCUGGAAAGAAACACAGGUCCCUGUGCUCUCAAGGACAGGUCCCACGUUCCCAUCUCCUAUGAUGUGGCCUCUGCUAGCUUGUAUCCCACCUCUCAUGACUUAGUCCUUGUUCCCGCUCUUUCCCAGAGCAUGACUUUGAACGUCCCGUUCUAGAUUCUGAUUUCCUUGCCUUUGCUUAGUGGGGUUGGGACUUAACCCACAUAGGCCUCACUAUCCAAUGGGGGUCUGCCUAAGGGGUGGGUGGGCAGGCAGAGAGAAAGGGAGCUCAUGUCCAAAUGGCUUCCUCAUGGCAGCUGAUUCUGUAACGGACACUGGCCCGUCACCCAAAGGCACUCCUAGAAGACCCAACUAGGAACAAAGCUACAGUAGCUACUGAAAGCAAGAUGUUCCCUUUCUGCUGUUCACUGCUCCACUGAGGGGGUGACUCCUCGAAACCCAGUGUCUUAGAGCAGUUGUCUAGGGGACAGACAUGUCCUGGGACACUGAGUGGUCCCUGACUGGCAAAUGUGUCUGGGUAGACAAUCGAAGCUACCAGGCGUUAAUGUUCCACAGGAAGCUUGGGGACUUUUCAAGUUACUGAGAAGUGUGUUGUGUUGUGUGUUCCUUUAGUCCAGCUCCCCACUACCAAAGGCCAAAGCUCAGACACUGGAGACGCUUAUUAGCUCAUUUCACUGGUUCUUACCUGCCUUUGCCAUGGAGAAAGUCAGGCCCAGAAUUAUGCAGAACAUGCAGAAGGUGCCUCUGCCCACUUGCCCAGCAUGGAGCCAGGCUUUUGUUUCCAGUGUUCUUGGUGGCAUCUCAGCUGUCCCCUUCUGGUAGCAUCUCAGGGAAACAUGAAGCUAUGCCUAGUACCUACCACAGAUUUUUAGACUCAGCAGUCAAGUGGCCGGGGUAGAAGAGGGCCAGGAACAGUGAGGUUCAUCUGGUUUUCUGAGAAGGGGGAGCCUGUGGAGAGCUUUGAACUUGGACUAUUUUGUUCUUGGGUAUAAAUUCUCGUGACCCACUCUGCUCUGGAGUAGCUUGUUUUUAAAAGAGAGCUAGGGGAGGACAGAUGUCCUCUGCCUAAUUCUAUCUUUACAGCCAUCACCCUGUGGUAUUCCUUAGGGAGAAGAGGCUGCCAGAAAUCAAGGCAGGCUCUCUGAGUUCCACAGGAGCGGGAGAGAUGCUAAGGAAGAGCAACAGUCCCUUGGCCUCCUUCUCUCAGAUUGCAAAGGUGGGUAGAGAGCAGUGUCAGGGAGAUUAGGUCUGCCUCCUGCAUUAGAGUCCGUCACCAGUGGGUCAUCCUGUCAUGGCCUGUGUGUGAGAGGCUAGUUCAGGUUCACAGCCACUGGGGCAAGGUCAUUCGACACAUUAGCAAAUUCUAUUUCUGCUAAACGGUCACAGAUUGCAACCCCACACCUCUCAGAGAUGACUGCAAGAAUAGACAAAAGGAUUUUGGGUGGGAAGAAUCAGCAUGGCUCUGUCCAGGGUAGCCUGUGGAAGUUCGGCCAGGCUGGUCCAGAGCGCCUUCGUGUGUGCCCACACUUUGUUGCCUUUUUAUGCAGCUUGAGAAUCUGAUAUCUGGCCUCAGCUUGUCCUUACUGCUGGGACAUCUGUUCAACAGGGCACACUGCUAGCAUCUAUAAAGUCCUCUUCCUUCAUUUGUACUGGAUUUUUAGAGCUGUCUGUUAAUUCAGAAUCUCUGGCCGAGAAAAGGAAGAGGAAGUGUUCUCAGCAAGACUGUAAAACCAGCUGUACCAAAGAGAAAUGAAGUAACUCUUCACUUCAGUGCAGAUGGUUUCCAGCUGCACCCGAGGGCCUGGUGAUGCUGACCCAGCAAACCAGGGGCUUCUGUGCUGCUGCGUGAGUGAGUGAGUGAGUGCGUGAGUGGGAGAGAAGCAGCCAGGCAGUCUCACGAGGGCAGGAUCCAGGCUUAUCUGGGGGACUCAGGCUUUCAACUUUUCUCAAUAGAGAAAGCUAGCAGGCAUUUUGAGCUUUAUCAUUUUUUGCCCCCCCUUUUUUGGACAAGAUACUGUUGAAACUUUGAAGAAUAAGUUGAAGUUGACAGGAUAUAUGCAUAUUUUUGACAUUGUAAAUACAAGGGCCACACGGUUGCUAACCCUGUACUACUUUCAGAGAGUAAAUUUUGAGAAAGCAUCUGAUAGCUAAGAUAGCUAAGCCUUUUGUCUCAACAAGAAUGGGAGUGUCUAUUUAGUAGAAAUGACUUUUUUAAAAUGAAAAAUAGAACAGGCUGGGAACAAAAGUAUUAAGCUUGUAGAUAGGGCAUUUUAAAAUGUAAAAUAUGGCCCUUGCACCUCCCCGGGUAAGUCUUAAUUCUGCUGCAGUGUGGGCUGGAGUUCAGAAUGGCCUUAAUGGGCGAUGGUCACGGGGAAAGGGUUUGGAAGACACAGUUCAGUUUUCUACAGGAAAACAUCCCAAGCCACAAAGGAAGUGAAUGGGCCAAAACCAACCCAGGGACAGAGACAAGAUUAAAACACUUGUCCCAGACUUCCCACCCUGUGUUGUGUGCUUUUCAAGAACAGGGAAUUAGGGACUGUAACUCACAGGUACAAAGUCAACCCAGGACACCACCAACCCUUCCCCACAAUUACCCUAGCACUGUUGGGGAAGACAAAGGCACGCAGCCAUUCUGCGGGGCUCUGGAAUCAUUUGGGUCCAAGAUGUAAAUAAUAUGGGUUUUUGGGUCUGGUUUUUUCCUCCCUAACAAGAAACAAUUUAGGACAAGGAUCAAAGGGAAUACUCUUGAGCAAGGCAGAGUGGGGACCCUCUAGUGACACCUCACUGUCACCCGCUGAUUCCCUCAGGUCUGCUGGGAACCCAACACUGAGGAGGGAUCACUGUUCCAUGAGGCCUUUCUGUUUCUUAGUGAAUGUCAACCAGCUUGCCCAGGAGACUGGGGGAGCAUGUUUUUUAGUGGACAGGGGUCUGAAGUACACUGGAAUUUAUUGAGAAACUUGUUUGUAAAGACUAUAGUUAACUAUUGCAUUUUCUUAUAAAAUAUAUUUUGGAAAAUUGUACACUGUCAAUUAAAAUGCUUUUGUGUAAGCUG